AUGGCAGAAGGAGCAACUGUUUCCCGCAAGGAAAAGGACGGAAACUCACAAGUCGCAGCCAGCCCAACGAUCGUCAAGGAAUAUAACGUUGACAAAACAGAUAUGCUCGAAUCUACAAUGUCAUCAAAUUUGGAAAGAAAGCGUCCACUAACUGAUGCUGAGUUAUCGGAAUUAGUGGAAAAUGAUGACUUAGACGAUUUUCUACCAUUAGAUAAUAAUAUAGGGACAGACAUUGAACCUGCUUCUGAUGAGGAAGAAGUUCAAGAUAAUCUGCAGCUGGGGGCUGAAGAGCAAAUACGCCUCUUUGCGGUAACCUUGACAAUUACAAUAGUUUGCGCUCAACCUGGACCAUCUGGAAUCCAAAAAAAAAUUGUGACCCCCUUUGAUAUUUCACCAGUUCCGACCUUAAAAAAGAAAACAACUAAUAGGGGUAGAAAAGCAUCACAAGCAGCGGUAAUUACUUCGUCCCCUUAUAAAGACGAAUUAUUGUUGAGCAUUGCCAAUAAAACUAAACAAGAGAUUAAAUCUGUUAAGAAAAAGGUGUUUUCUCAAUCAACCAAAAAUACAUCGUCCAUAACUUCAAAUGAGAAUGAAAAGCAGCGAUCCUUAGGAGAAUCUGAAAGUGAUGACGACGAAACAGAGCUGGUGUUAGCAGAUGAUGACUUAGAUAUGGAUGAUAUGCCUGGACAAAAGGAACCAGAUGAUUUAGAUGUGGAAUGCAUCUUUUGUGAAAGCAGAUUUUCCGAAGACCGCAAAGGAGAACUGUGGGUUCAAUGUUUAAUGUGCAAUAUGUGGUGUCAUGUCGAUUGUGCAGGUGCUGAUAAGGAUGAUUAUUGUUACUCCUGCACUGGUGCAUCUCGAGAUUUGCUUGCUUUGGAUUUCCUCAUCUGGCAAGAGGCUGGUUCUUGGAGCCCCAUCAAACUAGAAACCAAGCAGCUACAGUUAUUUGGUGCAGGUGGGAAGCCUUCUGGUGAUAAGAGUAACUACAUGGAGCAAAUUAUGGUGAACAAGUAUAUAAGGAAAAGCAAUAGAGGUUCUUGGACCGAAGAAACGAUGCAGAUGGCGAUGAAUGAAGCUAAAACUACAUCAAUAAGCUCGGCGUCAAAAAAAUAUGGAAUUCCAAUUGGAACUUUACAUCGUCAUAUUAAAAAAGGGGACUCGUCCAAAAACCUAGGAAGGUUUAAACCUGUUUUUUCGAAAGAACUGGAGAGGGAAAUAUGUGAUCUUGCAAUGGAACGUGAUAUACUUUUUUAUGGUUUAACAAAGCGAAGUCUACAACAACUAGCAUAUGAGGUAGCGAAAGUAAAUAAUAUUCCGCAUCCUUUUGCAUGUGAAAAAGCUGGAAAGGCAUGGCUUGAUGGUUUCAUGAAAAGACAUCCCCAACUGGCGUACAGGACACCAGAACCCACAGCUUUAGCUCGUUGUUCUGCUUUAAAUCGCACGCAAGUGAAUCGGUUCUAUAAUAACCUGUGGAGCAUUAUAUCUCACCAUAACUUUUUGACAAGACCCGAUGACAUCUAUAAUAUGGAUGAGACUGGUGUCAAGACCAGUGCUUCCAAACCUCCAAGAGUUAUUCCUGUAAAAGAUUUGGAUUUUGCACCUGCAACUGUUUAUGAAAAUGCUGCAGUUAUUGAAGAGCAAUCAAAUACUGCUGUAAUAGAUGAAGGAGACAAAAAUAAAGACCCUGUCGUUGCGGAAAACAUAGGUUUAAAUAAUAAUAAUGUUACAGAAAUUGAAAAUCCAUGUGAUGUCAUCAAUGAUCCUGUUGACAAAAACAAUACUGAUGAACCAUCCGCUGGCAACGAUAGUGAAGACAAACAGAAAGAAGAAAAGGAACUUAAUUCUGAUGAUAAAAAAAAUGAAAUGAGAUAG